UAGAGGAAGAAGAAAGAGACAUAGUGGUGAGAAGAGAGGCAGCCUCUCACUGAUGCUGAGUCACAUUACAGAGGGACCACAGCCGCAUCCCAUGAGUCUUUGGGAAACAUGGAGGAGCUUGAGCACACCUGCCCCCAUCCCCGGACGACUCUAACUAGGCCCGCCAUCUUUGCCAGGGAGACCAGUUGUGAUUGCCGUGCCCCUCAUGAGAAGCUCACCAUCGCUCAGGCCCGCAGAGGCACCCCAGUGGACCGGCCGGUCAGAGUCUAUGCAGAUGGUAUCUUUGACCUGUUCCACUCUGGACAUGCUCGCGCUCUCAUGCAGGCCAAGAACCUCUUCCCCAACACCUACCUUAUAGUAGGAGUGUGCAGUGAUGAGCUGACCCAUAAGUACAAGGGUUUCACCGUCAUGACGGAGAUUGAACGAUAUGAAGCGUUGAGACACUGCCGCUACGUCGACGAGGUUUUGAGAGACGCGCCCUGGACGCUGACGGCAGAGUUCCUCGAGAAGCACAAGAUUGAUUUUGUGGCUCACGAUGACAUCCCCUACUCCUCGGCAGGAAGUGAGGACGUUUAUAAACACAUCAAGGAGGCAGGGAUGUUUGUGCCUACACAACGGACAGAAGGGAUCUCAACAUCUGAGCUGAUCACCAGAAUUGUCAGAGACUACGAUGUCUACGCACGACGCAACCUCCAACGUGGCUACACGGCCAAGGAGCUCAACGUCAGCUACAUCAACGAGAAGAAGUACCGGCUGCAGAACCAAGUGGACCGAAUGAAGGAGAAGGUUCGCACGGUCGAGGAGAAGAGCAAGCAUUUUGUUUACCGUGUGGAGGAGAAGAGCCACGACCUCAUUCAGAAGUGGGAAGAGAAAUCCAGAGAGUUCAUUGGCAACUUCCUAGAACUGUUUGGACCUGAUGGGACUUGGAAACAGGUGUUUCAGGAGCGCAGUGGUCGGAUGCUGUCCUACGCUCUGUCUCCCCGAGAGUCGCCCUGCAACAGUCCCCCCCGAGAACUGUCCCCACUGCGCUCUCCGUCCCCCCCGUCUCCCCCCGCCCGCUGGCACAAUGCACGGCCCUCGCCCCCAACCUCCCCCAAAGGAGCAUCUGCCUCGAUAAGCAGCAUGAGUGAAGGUGAUGAAGAUGAGAAGUAAAUGGAUUGUUGAACACACACAUGUACAAACACACAGACACACACAGACACACACCCACACCCACACACACUUCACUUAAAGUACACUGUUUGAGGACUGCUCACACACAAACACAACACCGGCUGGAUACUGAAACAGUUAUCCUCAAGGAAGUUGCUAAGAAUGCAAUGCAGACGAGGAUCAUGGGAAAUGAAGUUCUAUGGUGCAGAGCUAAGAAGCCAUCGCUGUCUCAGUUGUGUAGGCAACGGACGACAAAGGAAGUGGAUUUUACGAACGCAGCGUCACAAGGUCCAGAAUGCUUUGCGGCAUCUUUCGGAGGAUUUUUUUUGGAUUGGUCCAGUGCUGAUAGAGACUGUCCAACAGCCUGAUCAUAAUAUCACCUUGUUGUGUUUUGUCCUUUUAUGUUUAGUUUAGCUUUUUUUUAAGACGCAAAGAUUUUUUGUAACUCCUGUGACCACUAGAUGUGAAUAGGCACAAAGUUACAGAACAUUGUGUUGGAUGUUCGGCUCAACCGCUCAUGUGAAUCGACAGGAACUGGAUCCAUUCCUCACUGAGUGAUGUUGUGCUUGUUGAACGGAGAAUUGUGAAUUAAAGAAAAGACACUGCACUCCGUAGAUUAGCAGAAGUGAAGUGUUGGACAACCUCUUGGCACUAACACACAUGCUAAUUUGCAUCAUUUUAGCAUAAAUGUUUGGUAACUUAUAUCAAAUAAGUAAUCCACAAUCACUGAGUCACUUGUUCACCCGCUACCGUUGUGACCACGACCAGUUUAAAACUAAUCCCUCAGAGAAUCAUAUGGAAACAACAUGAGCCUGUGGGAAUAGCAGCAUGCAUGAUCCUGAAACAUGUCCACCACGACAGCUCUCGUGGAGGACAACUGAAUUUGGGAGUGGGUUUUCAUCAUCUCGGUUGUACAGCUUUAUUUGAAAUCAAGCAAUAUAAUCCUAGUCGUAAAGUUCAUAUGAACAAAAUUAAUUAUUUAAUAUGGAAACAAGGUCUGUGAUAGAAUGAGACACUAAAACAAGCCCCUUUAGACUCGAGUCUUGGACUGCGCCGAUUGAUUGUGAUGAGACAGAAAAAAACAGCCUUUUAUUAGCUUCUUGAAUGUAGUGAAACCACAACUACAGGAGAGUAAAUGUAGUCACCUAAGUUCUAUGCACAUCUUACCACGCAACACACACCAUCCCCUCAUCAUCAAUCAUCCAGUGAUCCACUGGUAGACGCAUUUCUGGAUAUUCAUCAUAAAAAGCCAUGUCUUUUUUUUACAGUUUUACCAUGUUUUAUCUCUCUCUUUAGCAGACAUUCUCGCUCUUUGGAAUUUGAUGUCAGCUGUCAAUCAAACCCGGACAUCUUGGAGAUGCAGUCUUUCUCCAGGACUCUGAUGAUACUUGA